AUGGAAUGGAGUCACGACGAUGAUAUGUUGGAACUUGGGGGGACGAUGGAAUGGAGUUACGACGAUGAUAUGUUGGAACUUGGGGGGACGAUGGAAUCGAUACUCAACAUUGAUGUCUUGGAUUAUGGAUUCACGGCCAAGGGGGAGGUGUUCAUAACGAGCAUAAACCGCAACUUCGAAUUCGCCUUCAACUGUCCCAACUUCUCCGAUCGCGUGCUCCGCAUCGAGGUCGUGGGGAAGCCUCCCGAGGGUGAGGUUAGCAUCGAGCGGAACACCCAUCAGAAGCGGCAAAGUGAUGAUGACAUCACAGAGAAAGGUGAUGAUUCUGAUCUUGUCCUCAAAGUCAAUUCCAUCUACGUUAAUUCUGCUAUACUUGCUGCAAGAAGCCCUUUCUUCUACAAGCUUUUCACGACUGGCAUGAAAGAAUCUCAUCAGCAGCGGCAUGUAACUCUGAGAAUCAACACAUCAGGUACUUGUCAAAACAAAUCACACCGAGUAUUGCUUUGUGCAAGUGCAUAUGCACUCACAGCUUACUCCUUCGUUUGUCGAUUGAUCACUAAGCACUUCUAGUAGUUCCUUGACAUUUUAUGAAGGAAAAAUUCACGUUCUACUCCAAAGGUAAAUAUCCUUCUAUUUAUGCGAUA